GUUUCCCCGUGGCGGGUUGUUGUGGUUGGUGGAACCGCCGUUGCCGAGCUUGCGGGGGAAAGAUGGCGGACGCUUUCGGCGAUGAGCUGUUCAGCGUGUUCGAAGACGAUGGCGCCUCCGCUUCUGGCUUGAAGGAAACGAAGGGGACACCUGAGGCGAUCACUUCAAACAAGUCAGGAAAACAACGAGAUGGCAAACCUGUGGUGCCUGCAAAAAUCCAAGCCAAAAAAAAACGUGAUGCAGAAUUUAGUGGUGCAGAUAUUACAGAUUUGGGAAAGAGACCAAAGUUGGAUGACAUCUCUACGGACGAUCUUAAUUUGGCAGAUGUGAUGCCAAAAGUAAAGGUACAAGCUGUUGAAACUAUUGAAGGCUGUACACAUGAGGUUGCUCUUCCUGCAGAUAUGGACUUCGUAGCCCUAAAGGCAAGAACUGGAAAAGCUGCAAAGGAAUAUCCAUUCAUUCUUGAUGCUUUUCAAAGAGAAGCUAUUUUGUGUGUGGAUAAUAAUCAGUCUGUUUUAGUAUCUGCUCAUACCUCAGCAGGAAAAACUGUUUGUGCAGAGUAUGCCAUUGCUUUGGCUUUAAGAGAAAAACAGCGGGUGAUAUUUACCAGUCCUAUUAAAGCUCUUAGUAACCAAAAAUAUCGUGAGAUGUAUGAAGAAUUUCAGGAUGUUGGCUUGAUGACUGGGGAUGUCACCAUCAAUCCUACAGCAUCUUGCCUUGUAAUGACCACAGAGAUUUUGAGAAGUAUGCUUUACAGAGGUUCUGAGGUUAUGCGUGAAGUUGCUUGGGUUAUAUUUGAUGAGAUUCAUUACAUGAGAAAUUCAGAACGUGGUGUGGUAUGGGAAGAAACCAUUAUUUUGCUCCCUGAUAAUGUUCACUAUGUGUUUCUCUCUGCCACUAUUCCAAAUGCACGCCAGUUUGCUGAAUGGAUAUGUCAUCUUCACAAACAGCCUUGCCAUGUGAUCUACACCGAUUACAGACCAACUCCUUUGCAACAUUAUAUUUUUCCAGCAGGGGGAGAUGGACUUCACCUUGUAGUUGAUGAAAAUGGUGAUUUUAGAGAAGAUAAUUUUAAUACGGCCAUGCAGGUACUUCGAGAUGCAGGUGAUUUAGCCAAAGGAGACCAGAAAGGCAGGAAAGGAGGAACCAAAGGUCCCUCAAAUGUAUUUAAGAUUGUAAAGAUGAUCAUGGAAAGAAACUUCCAACCAGUAAUUAUAUUCAGUUUCAGUAAGAAAGAUUGUGAAGCCUAUGCACUUCAAAUGACAAAACUGGAUUUCAACACAGAUGAAGAAAAAAGGAUGGUUGAGGAAGUGUUUAACAAUGCAAUCGAUUGUUUAUCUGAUGAAGACAAGAAGCUCCCACAAGUUGAACAUGUGCUUCCACUUUUAAAACGUGGUAUUGGAAUCCAUCAUGGGGGCUUACUUCCUAUUUUGAAGGAAACCAUAGAAAUUCUUUUCUCUGAAGGACUGAUAAAAGCCUUAUUUGCUACAGAGACUUUUGCUAUGGGAAUAAACAUGCCAGCAAGGACCGUGCUGUUUACAAGUGCCCGGAAGUACGAUGGGAAAGAUUUUCGAUGGAUUUCCUCAGGUGAAUACAUUCAGAUGUCUGGCCGUGCUGGCCGCCGAGGCAUGGAUGAUCGAGGAAUAGUCAUUUUAAUGGUGGAUGAAAAGAUGAGUCCAACAAUUGGAAAACAACUUCUAAAGGGAUCUGCUGACCCUUUAAACAGCGCUUUCCAUUUGACCUAUAACAUGGUACUAAAUUUGCUGCGUGUGGAAGAAAUAAAUCCAGAAUAUAUGUUAGAAAAAUCUUUUUACCAGUUCCAGCAUUACAGAGCUAUUCCGGGAGUAGUUGAAAAAGUUAAUAAUUUGGAACAGCAGUAUAAUGAGAUUGAAAUUCCAAAUGAAGAAAAUGUGAUCAUCUAUUAUAAAAUUAGACAGCAACUUGCUAAACUGGGUAAAGAAAUAGAGGAAUAUAUUCAUAAACCAAAGUACUGCUUGCCAUUUUUACAACCUGGAAGACUGGUAAAAGUGAAAAAUGAAGAUGAUGACUUUGGUUGGGGAGUGGUGGUUAAUUUUUCCAAGAAAUCCAAUGUGAAGGUUAACUCUGGUGAACUGGAUCCCCUCUAUGUUGCUGAAGUCCUCCUCCACUGUAGUAAAGAGAGCCUGAAAAAUUCUGCAACUGAAGCCACAAAGCCCGCAAAACCUGACGAAAAAGGGGAGAUGCAGGUUGUUCCUGUACUGGUGCAUCUUCUGUCAUCCAUCAGCAGUGUUAGACUCUAUAUACCCAAAGACCUGAGGCCUCUUGAUAACAGACAGAGUGUAUUGAAAUCAAUACAGGAAGUGCAGAGACGGUUUCCUGAUGGAGUUCCUUUGCUGGAUCCUAUUGAUGACAUGGGCAUUAAAGAUCCAGGUCUGAAAAAAGUAAUCCAAAAAAUAGAAGCAUUUGAGCAUAGGAUGUAUUCUCAUCCACUUCACAAUGAUUCUAAUUUGGAAACUGUAUACAAACUUUGUGAAAGAAAAACACAGAUUGCUGUAGACAUAAAAGCAGCUAAACGGGAAUUGAAAAAAGCAAGGACUGUUUUGCAAAUGGAUGAGCUCAAAUGUCGUAAACGUGUUCUUAGAAGGUUGGGCUUUGCAACCUCUUCAGAUGUCAUAGAGAUGAAAGGACGAGUUGCUUGUGAAAUCAGCAGUGCAGAUGAGCUUUUACUGACAGAAAUGAUGUUCAAUGGGCUUUUCAAUGAUUUAUCUGCAGAACAAGCAACUGCUUUAUUAAGCUGCUUUGUAUUUCAAGAAAAUGUAAGUUAUUUUUUCCACAGAAGUAUCCGUGCUAAUGUGUUACAACAGAACAAAUUAAAAAUGAAGGGAUCUACCGAUUUCUGUCUAUGUACAUUUCCUCAUUCAGGUAGCAUAAUUCGAUGUAUGAGGAGGCUAGAAGAAUUGCUUAGACAGAUGUGCCAAGCAGCAAAGGCCAUUGGAAACACAGAACUGGAAAACAAAUUUGCAGAAGCAAUUACAAAAAUCAAGAGAGACAUUGUGUUUGCUGCAAGUCUUUAUCUAUAAGAAGAAUGUGUGGUGUCUGAACAGCCUUCAUUCUGCAGCAGUUACUCCAAAAAAGAGCCACUAAAAUGACCAUUGCUUUCUCCUCCCAAGCAAGACAUAUUCUUAUUUUGAAUGUAUUCCAUUGCUGUUUGUAAUAAGUAUUAUACAUUAUUUUAAUUAAAAAAAAUAGUCAGGA